AUGUCUAACGUUAUAAAACUAACCAUAAGACAGGUUAUACCUGUAUCAAAAUAUUCUUCGUGUUUGUUUAAUUCUUUAAAUAAGCAUGUACGAGAGUAUAGUAGUAAAACAGUUACAAACGCAGAUGAUAUAUUUAAACAAUUUACCGAUUGGGAAACCUUAAGUAAAAAGAAGACAGUCAGUAAGGCUAUGAAAGCCUACUUGGAGCGAGCACGGCAACACGAUGAAUUUAUGAAGAAACAAGAAGUUGAAUACAACAUAGGUAAAAGGCAUUUAGCUAAUAUGAUGGGUGAAGAUCCCGAGACAUUUACACAGAAAGAUGUCGACAGAGCAAUAGAAUAUCUGUUUCCAAGUGGUAUUUAUGACCCUGCUGCACGACCUCUAAUGAAACCACCUGAAGAAGUCUUUCCAGCAAGAAAAGCUGCUGAAUUUGAUGAAGCUGGAAGACCUCAUCAUUUCCUAUUCUAUACAGGCAAACCCAACUUCUUUAAGCUUUUGUAUGAUGCUGCUGAACAUUUGCAGGAAUCAUACAAAUUUGAGGACAAAGUUAUAAGAAAAAAGGCUGUCCCUGACCAAAAUUCUAAAUUGGAGUUGUCAUCAAGUAUGUGGGUAACAAAAGAAGAACUAGAAUUGAUCCUAAUGGAAAAGGUCACAGACCUUGAGUAUGAAAAUUUCAAACUUGUAAUGGAGAGAUUAGUUUCGUUACCAUAUUCUUACAGAUGCAUUGAAUUCAUCGAGAAAUACAGGAAACCACUUGCUUCACAGAAGUUUGCUCUUGAAAUACCAAAACCCAAAUUUGAUGAAGAGGGCCGUGCAUAUAUAACAACAUAUGAAUGUCUCAGAAAAAAAGCUAGAGGAGAUGUGACUAUUUUUUCACCAGGUACUGGAAAAGUAACUAUUAACGGCAGAGAUAUAACAUACUUUGAAGAUAUUCAGUCAAGAGAGCAAGUUAUUUUUCCUCUAAUUUUCACUGGACUAGCGAAUAAGGUAGACGUUGAAUGUAACAUAGAGGGAGGUGGACCGUCUGGGCAAGCAGGAGCUAUUAGAUGGGGAAUAGCAUGGGGUUUGAGGAGCUUUGUCGAAAGGAGUAUGCUAGAAUCUAUGCAAGUAGCAGGUUUACUUACAAGAGAUCAUAGGAGAAGAGAAAGGAAGAAGCCUGGUCAACCAGGAGCAAGAAAGAAGCCUACUUGGAAGAGGCGCUAG